AGACUAGCAGUGGGGGCCGUCACAUGUUGCUUCCCUUUCUGGCUUUCAAAGGUGCAGAGCCAGAUGAAAGAGCUCCUGGCUACCCUGUGCACUCUCGUGGCCAAGCUGGAAGAGGAGCUAGACAUCUCAACGAAGGACCUCAUCCUUUCUCAAGCAAUGAACACCAUAUUACAAAGAGAUGUCCAUGAAGCCAUGGCCCAGAAGGAAGACAUGCAAGAGAGGAUCACUACCCUUGAGAAGCGCUGCCUCAGGGCACAGCAGGAAGCCACCUCUCUGCACGACCUCAAGGAUAAACUUGAAAACGAGAUCGCAAAGAAGGACUCUCUGCAUCGACAGACUGCGGAUCAAAACCGCCAGUUGCAAGAGCGCCUGGAGGUGGCGGAGCGGAAGCUGCAGCAGACACCGAGGAAGGCCAAGUCGCUGCCCGAGGUGGAAGCCGAGCCGGCCCAGAGGGUGGCCACCCUCUGCAAGGCCGAGCAGAGGCGUGGCAACAUCGAGGAAAGGCUGCGCCAGAUGGAGGCCCAGCUGGAGGAAAAGAACCAAGAACUGCAGCGGGUAAGGCAGAGAGAAAAAAUGAAUGAAGAGACUAAUAAAUGUCUGUCGGGCACUAUUGACCAGCUCCUUUCCGAAUCUGACGAGCGUCUUCAGCGUCAUCUUAAGGAGAGAAUGGCUGCUGUGGAAGAUAAGGUAGGACAUGAGAGACAGCGGCUGAGUGCCCCCGUCCUCACAGAGGAGACGCUCACGUUGUGAUCCUGAGGAGCAGCGUGGAGCAGAGGCUAA